GACAUCCACUCAGAGUGGGCUUUAAAGACACAAACAUCCACUUCACACCUGAUGAUCUCCCACACCUGCCAUGGCAGCACUCAGCUUGUUCUCCCUUUUCUUGCUGGCCGUCAUGGUCUCAGCUGGAGGUAGACCAGCGGAUUGUUGCCGCAGGAUCAGGGACACACAAGUCCACCAGGACCUGCUGACCAAGUACUACGUGCAAAGGCCGCCAUCUUGUUCUCUGCACGCUGUGGUGUUCACCACACGGCGAGGCAAGAGAAUCUGUGCUGACCCUGACAAGUUGUGGACGCAGACCAGCAUGGCGUACCUGGAUGGACUCAAGCGUCAUGGCCGACAUUUCACCAAGGAGGACCCGCUUUUUCAUCCACUGUAGCAAUUUGCUACGGACAACUUUGUACUGCAUGUGUUUGAAUUAGGACUGUCAAAAAUAACAAUAUGAAUGCGAUUAAUCAAAAAUAAUGCCUCGUUAAUCACGUAUCUACUCAGAUUAAUCGUGCUAAUUAUUGGGAGCGCAGAUUCUUUAAAUCUGAUUAAAGAGUGAGGAGAAAUACUGGGGUCUUUUUUACGCUGAUUUAUACAAUGCAAG